UACAUAAAUUGAAUAAUGGGGGAAGAAGAAUUGUUCUGGAGGGAAACCCAAACCCAAACCCAAACCCAAAGCCGAAGCCAAAGCAUGGAUGGAGCUGCUUCUGCUGCUGCUGCUGGAUGGACAUGGCCAUGGACCCUCUCCGUCCUACUUGUCUUAUUCACUUAUACUUUGCUCACCUCUCCCUUCUGCUCCCGCUUCCGCCGCCGCCUCCGUUCCUUUUCUUCUUCCUCCUCCUCCUCCAUCUCCACACCUGCUGCAACAGAUUCUCUACCCUCUAUCCGAACUAUCUCCGAUUUGGAUUUGAAGAAUCUCAUCGAUAAUCUCAACGAGGAGGAGGAGGAGGAGGAGGAGGUUAUAUGGGAAAACGUCAUCCACAAGACUAGCAAUUCUAUUUCCUACGAGGCCAAGUGCUGCAAACCUAAGGAUGGACCCUUGAAGUAUUUGAGCGUUACAACUUUUGAGGACUGCUCCGUUGAUAAGCUCUUGAACUUUUACAUGGACAAUAACUAUAGGGUGCAGUGGGACAAGACCGUCGUUCGCCAUCAACAGUUGCAGCUCGAUCACCCCUCCUCCACUGAAAUUGGUCGCACCAUUAAAAAGUUUCCCUUCUUAACACCCAGAGAGUAUGUAUUGGCUUGGAGACUCUGGCAGGGGAUCGAUGGAUCCUUCUACUGCUUUUGCAAGGAAUGUGAACAUCCUUUGGCUCCAAAAGAAAAAGGUUAUGUAAGAGUUGCAGUUUUCAGAUCUGGCUGGAGAAUCAGGAAAGUUCCUGGUAGAAAUGCGUGUGAGAUCAGAAUGGUGCACCAAGAAGACGCUGGUCUGAAUGUUGAAAUGGCCAAAAUGGCAUUUGCAAAGGGGAUAUGGAGUUACGUAUGCAAGAUGGAUGAUGCACUGCGCAAAUACUCUGCUGGUGGAAAGCAGAAUAAUAUAAUAAAUCCAACUGCUGUUUUGCCUAUUCAAAAGGUCCCACGUGAAUUUGAAGUGGUGAAGGAUAUGAAGGACGCAGAAAACUCAAUGGCAACUGUGAAUCAGCAGCACGCAGAGAUUUGUACGAGCAAGAAACUGACAAGAAGGCCUUCAAGUAAAUUGAUUGCGAAUGGUUUACUUCUCCUUGGUGGUGCUAUCUACCUUUCUAGAGGUCAUUCAAGCUUGGGCAGCAAGGUUGCCAUGGCAUAUUUGGCGAGCAAACUCACCAAGCGUGGUGGUGCUGCUGCUACUGCUUCAUCAAAGAAAACAAGAUGAGAUCUUCAAAUAGCAAUUAAUAGUUAAGCUGCUGCACAUGGGAAGUUGUAUGCAUGUGGAAGCUGCUGCACAUGUAAAUAUCAUAGAUGGAUAAUACUCAUCCUCGUACGUAUUGUCUUUACUCUUGACUCUUGAUGUGGUUGCUCGCUCUUCUGGAUAUAGUUGGAACUUACGCUCUUCUUUCUGAAAUGUCGAAAGUAGCUCAUCAUCUGUGUUUCGGGACCUUACCUUUUCCUUCAGACUUCGUACGCUCUACUUUGCUUCCUUACAGACGAUAGUUGAUAUUACUCUGCUACUACAGUUUUGUCUUGUACGACUAUAAGAUUUAUAUGGAUGAUAUACACUAAAAAUAGUUGGGAGUAUUUCCUUUUUCAUUUUUGGUUGUCUACUUUAAUAUUUUGGUAAACUAUAUAUUGGCUCA